CUCUACAGGUAUGCAAAAUUCCAGUAUGAAUGUGGCAAUUACUCUGGAGCUGCAGAAUAUCUUUACUUCUUUAGGGUUCUGGUUCCAGCUACAGACAGAAAUGCUCUGAGUUCUCUGUGGGGGAAACUUGCAUCUGAAAUUCUGAUGCAGAAUUGGGAUGCAGCCAUGGAAGAUCUCACAAGACUGAAGGAGACAAUAGAGAAUAAUUCAGUAAGCUCUCCGCUGCAGUCGCUUCAACGAAGUACAUGGCUCCUCCUCUGGUCUCUGUUUGUGUUUUUUAAUCAUCCUAAUGGGAGAGACAAUAUCAUUGAUCUCUUUCUCUGUCAACCACAGUAUCUCAAUGCAAUUCAGACAAUGUGCCCACGUCUCCUCCGAUACCUCACUACUGCAGUCAUAACAAAUAAGGAUGUUCGAAAACGUAGACAAGUGCUGAAAGAUCUAGUCAAGGUUAUUCAACAGGAGUCCUACACAUACAGGGACCCCAUUACAGAAUUUGUGGAAUGCCUGUAUGUUAAUUUUGAUUUUGAUGGUGCACAGAAGAAGCUGAGAGAGUGUGAAACAGUGCUUGUGAAUGAUUUUUUCUUAGUGGCAUGCCUUGAAGACUUCAUUGAGAAUGCCCGUCUCUUUAUAUUUGAGACUUUCUGUCGCAUCCAUCAAUGUAUCAGCAUUGGUAUGUUAGCAGAUAAACUAAACGUGACUCCUGAGGAAGCAGAAAGAUGGAUUGUCAAUCUAAUCCGAAACGCACGAUUAGAUGCCAAGUUGGAUUCAAAGCUGGGCCAUGUAGUUAUGGGCAACAACGCAGUGUCACCCUAUCAACAGGUGAUUGAAAAAAACAAAAGCCUGUCUUUUCGUAGUCAAAUGUUGGCUAUGAACAUUGAGAAGAAACUGAAUCAGAGUGGUAGAUCUGAGGCACCUAACUGGGCUACUCAAGACUCUGGCUUCUACUGAGAAUUCUGCAGAGGGGGAGGAAUCAGUUGUCAUUUGAUUAAAAAGCAUAUGAUAAAUAUGAAAUGUAACCUUUUUGAGAAAAGCUAAUCGUGUGUUCUUAAAAAUUAUUUGAAUAAAAUUGGCUAAAUUU